AUUAUAGAUAUAUUUCAUCAAGCCUUUCUUGUCUUUGACUCGCUUGGAAAGAAGCACGAACAAGUUGUUUUUGACUUGAAACUGUGGAUUACGGAUGUGUACCGUUUAGUCAAUGGAUUGACUAUAGAUGUAACCGACUCGUCGUUGAUAUACCCAAUACCUCAAAAUUACCCGCAACAAACCGAUCCAUUUAAUUGUGGAAUAUGCACUUGUGUGAAAACAUGCUUUCAGCAGCUGUGGACAAUCCUCGUGUAGCCAACAACAUCAAUCCCAAUGACAUGAAGACGUGGAUAUUGCAUCGAAUUGUUUUUACAGGGGCCGUUGAAAGAGAGAACAGAAAGAUGAACUAUUUGAAAACGACCAUGAUGAGGAUUCACAUUCUAGUGAUUGCAUUACAGGGACAGAAACAACAAUUCAUCAAAAAUCAGAUACGAAAAGUAAACGUUAUUCACCAGACGAACACCUUACAGCUAAUGACUCUUUUAACGGUAUCGUUCAAGCCAGGAAAAAGUACCCUUUUCUAUUGAAGGCACAACAGA